CCCCAAGCUCAGUAGUCUACGAUUCGCUGAGCCGUCGACACGGUUUUAAUUGAACGGAAAGCGCGGAUCGAAUGCGAUAGAGUCGCAGUUCGGAUCACUUCCUUAUCACAAGCUAGCGACGUGACUUAAAUUCCAUUGACGUGUGAAUCACAACCGGUGGACUGAGAGAUCCGAGCUCUAGAACAAAGAACACUGCAAUGGGUGGAAUCAAGUACAACUGCCUGCUGGCUUUCAUAAUAGGAGCAUCAUUAUUGACAAUUGGCGAGGCAGAAUCCAGACGGGAUGUUAAUGCAGAGUUAAACAGGAUUCCGGCCUCGAAAUGGUUGCAGUUGGUCGACUCAGCUCUUGACUCAGUAAAAAGACAAAAGCGGCUGGAGGAUAACCUGUUAAAUUCCGACAUCACUGUCAAAAACGGAAGCCUUUCACAUGCCCAACUUCUGGAAACAUUACCAAAUCUGGCAUCAAAGGAGGAUAGCUUCCUAGCUCUGAAGAUCCUGAAAUCCAGCUUGUUUGUUUUCAACAGCGAGUGCCUUCCAAAUGAAAUCGAUGGGGAUGAGUGUCGCAGUUACCUGGAGCAAAAACCACUUCCGGAGGGCAGUACUUUAAGGACCGAGUGCGAGAACUUGCUCAAGGGAAACCGGGAAGGUCACCAUGCCUUUAGGAGGCUACUCGAGAGCAGCCAUUACAGGAACGGUUUUUAUGAGAUGUUUCCCAAUUCUGGUAGUCGGGAUGCUGUUCCGGCUGCUUGGUCCAUUAGUAAGGAGCUCUACGAGCCCGAUGACAAUCAGACCCUUAAUGAAGUAAUUGUCGAGAACAACUCGAAUUUGGGACUGGCACAGUGGGCUCAAUUCGUGGAGCACGAUCUUAGCAAGCCCGUGUCACAAUCAAUGGGCAGUGGAGCACCGAUCGAGUGCUGCAGCCGUGACCAGAUCAACCUUCAGCCGCGUCACCACCACCCGGCAUGUGCUCCCAUUCUGUACCAGCCCAGUGGGAAAUACGACGUGCCCAGCUGCCUCAAUUAUGUGAGAAGUGCUCUGGCCGUGGCCGAUUGCAAUUUCGGUGGCGCCGAGCAGCUCAACCAGGCCACGGGAUCCUUGGAUCUGUCGCAACUCUACGGCUUCACCUUGGCGGCAGAGAAAAAGUUGAGGGUCCUCGAGGGAGGACUAUUGAAGACAACGCCGCGUGGCGAGUACGACAAUGCCCUGCUGCCCAUGGCCACGGAUACGGAAGGACCCUCCUUCUGUGCUCGGGAUAAAAUCGGAGAUGGCACCUGUUUUGCUGCCGGAGACUCGCGGGUGAACAGCAAUCCCUUCUCCAUACUGAUCUACACGAUUUUCAUGCGCAACCACAACAAAUUGGCUGUCGAACUGCAUGAAAGGAAUCGCCGGUGGGGCGAUGAGAAGCUCUUCCAGGCAGCCAAGGCCAUAAAUGUGGCCAUAUACCGUCGAGUGGUCAUUGAGGAGUGGUUGCCGGCGGUGCUCGGCAAUCGAUUGGCCACUGAGAUUAAGAGAAGGCCAAAUAAGCACGCCCUGGAGGUCUCCAAUGAAUUCGCGGUGGCCGCCAUUCGAUUCUACUUCUCCAUGCUGCCCAACGAAUUGCAAAAUCUGACCAAGGAUAAUGUAGUCUACGGAUCUGAAGGCAAGGAUCUGCCGACAACAAACCUGUUCGAGCUGAAAGAAGAAAUCUACAAGCCAAAGCUGCAGUACACGUCCUCCAAAUUAAAUGAAAUUCUCGAAAGUUUACUCAAUCAGCAGGCCAUGGAUAUGGAUUCCACAUAUGCGGGUGGUGUCGUUUGGCACAAGAACACCAAGCCCACGCAUGCCGAUAUUCUGGCCUUCGACAUCCAAAGAGGCAGGGAUCACGGUCUGCUGCCAUAUCAUAAAUAUUUAGAGUCCUGUGUCCUGUCCAAACCCGUGACUAGUUGGAGGGACUUUGAGCAAUACAUUCCCAAAGAUGUUUUGGACAAGCUGAAGACCAUCUACUCCAGUUGGUCUGAUGUGGAUUUAAUUGUGGGUGGCAUUUCGGAGAGGCCUGUUCACGGAUCCGUUGGCCCCACCUUCAGCUGCAUAAUAGCCGAGCAAUUCGUACACGUUCUCAAGCAACACGAGCAAAAACAGGACCAGAAGCACGCCCAAUUGGUGGAUCAGUAUCGUCGAUUUAAUGGCACCAAACUCCUGUGUCUGAGCUCCGGCCUUUCAGCUGUUCCCCAGAAUAUCUUCCAGUUGCCAUCGGCCAGCAAUCAUAUGGUAUCUUGUGAAGAUGUCUAGAGGUUGACAAUACUCCAAAGCAAUUUUAGAUUAAGUUCCCAAACCAAAAAAAAAAACGAAUAAAUACCUCAACAAAC